UCACGCUAUCAGUGCUAUCACUAUAUUAUAAGAGUUGUGAUUUGUGAAUGUUCAAUGAUGUGAAUUUGUGGUAAAUGAUCAUACUUGUCCCUUUAUUUCGUUGUUUUCAAAUGACGUUGAAAUGUUAAACUGUUUGUGUCCUUCGUGAAUUGAAUUCGUGUAUGAUUACGAAUUAUUGUUCAUUGGUUAUACGUAUCACCUAUUUCAUAUAUUUUGUCCAAUUUGUAAGUUGUCUUUGAUAUCGUACAAUUUUAAAAAAACGUUAAAUUUGUUUAGUGCUUGUGGCGUAGCGUUGUAUGAUUCCAAACCCAACUAAUUGUGGAAUCUGGAUUAUCAACUGAUUACUAUUUGAAUAGUCUGUUUUUAGUCGGGUGUAGAACAUUCAUUUUGUCCUGUGAUGGAUUCCGCUGAUGAUUUUACAAAUAACGAUGAAACUGAAAAAAGGGUUAGAACCCUUUGGGUGGGUAAUCUUCAUCCGAAACUGUCUACCCGUGAUAUAGCUGAACUGUUUUAUCAGGUGGGGCCGAUUGAAUAUGUUGAUUUUGCAUUUGAUGAACAUGAUAUACGUGAAAACUUUGCUUUGGUUGUGUUCAAAUAUUCAAGUUCUGUGGAAGAUAGUAUACAAUUGUUUCAAGGUACUGAGCUACAUGGGCUGCCAAUAAUAACAAAAAAUUACUCUCAACACUUUGAAGAUCCAGUUUUUAAUGAUCAACUUAACUAUUUCAAACAACUAAUCAAAGUCGAACGAAAUUGUCAAUCAAACAAUAGUCCUACUGAUAGUAAAUGGAUUGAUCAAAGUUUAGAUGAGAAUAACAUAAUUCCAGAAACUCUGCCUGAACCACCCAUGCAUGAUAAUUAUGAUCGUAGAUCGGAUAAUGUGACUAGAUGUAGAUCUAAGGAUAAUUCAUCUAAAUAUGGACAUAAUGCCCCUCAUACUAAACGCCAUAACUCAGUAAAUAGUGGUGAAUAUUAUCCAAUUGAUAAAUCUCACCGUAGUCACAAACAUCAUAAAAAGUUUGAACCCAACAGCAGCUCUGGGUCAAUGGAAGUAUUUAAUUAUGAUCAUGAUUCACAUCAUAAUCAAAAUACUAAUCGUAAACACCACAAUAAUGUUAAUAAAUCAUUUAAUCGAAAAGAAAGUACAUAUCACAAUCAGGAACCUACGUUUGCACAUGAAAAAAAUGGUGCUAAAGAUAAUAUGCUAGUACGUGAUCUAAGAGAUACUAUGUUUAGGAAACGUAGUCGCUUAGAUUCUAAUUUUCAUACUGAUACUAAUGCUAGUGCUGGUUGUACGUCACUAUUAGAUCUUAGAGAUACUAUGUAUCGUAAUAAAAGCAGUAGAUAUGAAGAUUUAGGACAACAGAAUUAUGAAUCAGAUUCUAAUCGAUGGUCAGAACAAAAUCAGAACACACGUGGAAGUUUCUUGAACAAAGAACCUCGUAAAAAUUACUUCAAUUCUGAGCGUUACGGUGAAUCAAAUACUAAACAUAAAAAUCAUUAUGCUGAUCAAAGUUAUAAUCAAAAUAAAUCACAUAAUGAUUUUCAAGAAUAUGACAGUGAAUUUCCAAAUAAUUAUAAUGGCGGUUAUAGACGAGAGAAAAAUAGGCCAAUCAAUCAUAAGUACAACAAUCCUCAGAAUAUGGAAUCUAGCAGUCGUCAGCACAAUUCUUAUCAUCCUUACAAACGAAACAAUGAAGGUCCAGAUAGAAAAGAUUAUAAUAAUUUUCAUGAUGAACAAAGUGGUCAAAAUCGUGGUAGAAAUUAUAAUAGAGGGGGUUCUGACCGAUCAAGGCAUAGUUAUUAUUCAUGAAAUUGAUAAAUAAUUAAUGUUAUUUUAAAAAUCAACUCAUUAUUGUACAACCAUUAAAAUAACUAUUUGAUAAAAACCUUUUUUUUUAGUUGGAACUACAUAAUUUAAAUAGUUUUAUAUUUAUUAUAUAAUCUAUAAGUGCAUUAAUAUAUCUGUUAGAAAAAGAUCUCUGAACAGAAUAAUUGUUUAAUUUCGAUUUAAAUAUAUGCAUCUUACACAUAACUUUUUAGUAAAUAUUUAAAUUAUUAAGUACUAAAUGAAUUUAAUACGUUCAAACAAAAAUGUUACAGUUCUUACUUUAAAUUUAGUAAUACAAAUUUAAAAAAAUCGAUGCAAUAAAAAGUUUAAGUAUUUUUUUUGAGGCAUACCACUACAAAAUACGUGCGUAACAAUUUGUGUAUUGUUUAAUUAAAUAUCUUAUAAUUUUAUAAAAAUA